AAAUGUGGUAGGAGAUUUCGCGCAUGCGCACUGGAGUUUCAGCAGAAGCUGCGGUGUAACAUGGCGACGUACGUGGACAUUCUGAAGAGCGAGUUUCCCGAAAUUGACACUGAAGUAUUUAACUAUAUCACUGGAGUGCUGGAUAGCGGAGGCUCUGAUUUUGAGGAUGGAGAGGAAGUUUUUGAUGCCGUCGGUGGGGUUCUACAGGAAGUAGCAGCUGACAAAAAUGAAGACGAUGUCCGAAACAUCUGCUUACAACUGUUUAAUACGCUGAAGAUCAAUAACUGUCACUCGAACCAGAGGCAGGUGCUGCUCGAUGCUCCGGUGCAGCUCUCACAGAUCUCUGCAGAGUCAGAGUCAGCUGUUAAUGACGUGCAGGGCAUUUGGAUGAUGAAGAGAGCUCAGGGCACGACUGUGGAUGCCAAGAAGCUGGAAAAAGCAGAGGCCAAGCUGAGAGCUAAGCACGAGCGAAGGAACGAAAAAGAUCUGCAGAAACCCGCAAAUCCACUUGUCCUGGAGGAGGCUUCAGCCAGCCAGGCUAGCAGUAAGAAGGAGAGCCGUGUGGACGUGUCUGGGAAGAACCGCAGCUACGACAUCAGGAUCGAAAACUUUGAUGUGUCGUUUGGAGAGAGGUCUCUGCUGCAGGGAGCCGAGCUGUGUUUGGUGAGCGGUCGCAGGUACGGUCUGAUCGGGAGGAACGGCCUGGGCAAGACCACGCUGCUGAAGAUGCUGGCGAGUCGCAGUCUACGUGUUCCAGCUCACAUCUCCAUCCUGCACGUGGAGCAGGAGGUGGCGGGAGACGACACGCCGGCGCUGCAGAGCGUACUGGAGAGCGACACGGUCAGAGAAGAGCUGCUCGCCGAGGAACGCUCACUCAACGCUCACAUCGCCAACGGAACAGCGGAAGGGACUGAAAGCGUGCGUCUGUCAGAAAUCUACGCUAAACUAGAAGAAAUCGAGGCGGACAAAGCUCCAGCCAGAGCAUCAGUGAUCCUCGCAGGUUUAGGAUUUUCCUCCAAAAUGCAACAGCAACCGACCAAAGAGUUUUCUGGUGGUUGGAGAAUGAGAUUAGCGUUAGCUCGAGCUCUGUUUGCACGGCCUGACCUUUUGUUACUUGACGAGCCCACAAACAUGUUGGACAUCCGAGCCAUACUGUGGUUAGAGAAUUAUUUACAGACUUGGCAGUCCACCAUCCUCGUGGUGUCUCACGAUCGGAAUUUCCUGAACGCCGUCGCAACCGACAUCAUCCACCUGCACUCGCAACGUCUAGACAGUUACCGUGGCGACUACGAGAACUUCAUCAAAACAAAAGAGGACCGACUGAAGAACCAGCAACGGGAGUACGAGGCGCAGUUACAGUACAGAGAACACAUACAGGUGUUCAUCGACAGGUUCAGGUACAACGCUAACAGAGCUGCACAGGUGCAGAGCAAACUGAAGCUUUUAGAGAAACUCCCUGAACUUAAGCCUAUAGACAAGGAGACUGAAGUCGUCCUACAUUUUCCAGACAAUUUCGAGAAGCUGUCUCCUCCCAUCCUGCAGUUAGACGAGGUGGAGUUUCACUACACGCCCCAGCAGCGGCUGUUCAGCGCUCUCUGCGCCUCGGCCGAUCUCGACUCCCGGAUCUGUAUUGUCGGUGAGAACGGAGCAGGGAAGUCCACGUUACUGAAGCUGCUCAUGGGUGACCUGACUCCCGUAAGCGGCACCAGACACGCCCACAGAAACUUAAAGAUUGGUUAUUUCAGUCAGCACCACGUAGACCAGCUGGACCUCAACGUCUGUUCAGUGGAGCUGCUUCUCAGCAAGUUUCCUGGUCGACCCGAGGAGGAAUACAGGCGUCAGCUGGGGAGGUACGGGAUCAGUGGAGAGUUGGCGACGCGGCCCGUGGCAAGUCUUUCAGGAGGACAGAAGAGCCGGGUAGCAUUUGCUCAGAUGACCAUGCCUUGUCCCAACUUCUACAUCCUCGACGAGCCGACCAAUCACCUGGACAUGGAAACCAUCGAAGCUCUCGCCAAGUCUUUAAAUACGUUCAAGGCAAGUGUAGUGUUGGUCUCGCACGACGAGCGCCUCAUCCGGCUGGUGUGUAAGGAGCUGUGGGUGUGCGAGGCAGGACGAGUGCAACGCGUCGACGGCGGAUUCGACGAGUACAAGAACAUCCUGCAGGAGCAGUUUCGGAGAGAGGGCUACCUGUGAAUCGCCUCACGUCAUCAACACACACACACACACGCACACACACACACACACACAAUUUAACUGACUGCAUCCCCAUGACCCCAACGCUCUCACUGACUCUGUGUACAAAGUGGACUCCAGCAUGCAGUGACCCUGAACCGACUUCUUGGAACCUGAACCAGAACUGACACUGAAUUGGUUCCCAGUCAGAUCAUUUUCUUCGCUUCGUGAAAUCAUGACUUCGCCGCUUGCUGCUGUGGCUCACGCCGCGUCCUGUACUGAUCAUGUGACACGAGGGCAGGCUGUGACACGACAUACUCGCCGGGGUUCUCUGCACUGGUUCAUCUUAUUUCUGCACACGAGCAAAAAAAAAAAAAAAAAAAAAAACCUGAAAAAGAGAAGAAGCCUGACACAAUAAGUGUCCAGUGAAGGGGACGUGUGCCAUGCAGUUGUUGUCGUUAACUUAUCAAUAUUCGUUUUAGAUCACGCUAAUAAAAACCUAACCUUCAAGAA